AUGGCGCAGAAGCGAAAGAGCAUCGACGUCGUCGAGGACUGCGGCGGCCACGCGCCCGCCGCCAGGCGGUGUGCGAACGGGUGCGGGUACUUCGGCAACGCCGCGACCGGCGGCAUGUGCUCCAAGUGCUACCGCAAGCACGCCGCCGCCGGCGCCACGGCGACGUCUACCUCUACCACCACCGCUGACAAGAAGACGACGACGGCGCAGGCUGUUUCCGAGACGCCGGCGCCGGCGGAGAAGAAGGCCAAGAUCGCGUGCGCCGUCGCGUCGUCGUCCCCUGGCGGCGGCGUCGACAAUGCAGGCGCGGCCCGGGCUCCGUCCACGGAGCCGCAGCCGGUGAAGCAGACUGCGAACCGGUGCUCGGCGUGCCGCAAGAAAGUGGGCCUGCUGGGGUUCCGGUGCUGCUGCGGGGAAACCUUCUGCGGCGCGCACCGGUACGCGGAGAAGCACGCCUGCGGCUACGACUACAAAAGCGCCGGCCGCGAGCGGAUCGCCAAGAACAACCCGGUCGUCGUCGCCGACAAGAUCGCCAAGAUUUGA